UUAUAUAUAUUAUAUAAUUGAAGCCGCUGCCUUGGAACGUCUCUCUGUCUAUGCUUAAAACAAUCUAUUUGGUGUGACCGCCAUGAAAGGUUUUUAUUGGGAGGCCUAUAUUUUCUUCUGAAAGUCUGAAUCUCAGAUAGCUUCAAGCCUUUUCAAUCCUUGUAUUCUUACUAUCAUGACACUGAAAAGAGUAGCAUCUCAUGAGGUUUUUGGUUGCCGGCUAGUUAGCCGGGCCAAAUCUCCGGUUGUCACUGUAAUUCUAUUUGCUCUUCUGAUAUUUUUCAUGUUUGCAGACAGUAUCGUUUCCAACAUAUCGCUGCAAUCGGCUGCCUUCGAUGAAAAAGAAGACUCUGAGGUUUUACAGGCUCGAAAAGUUAUAAGAAAAAUCAAGUCGGACGUUUCUGCUGUACAAUUGGAUGUUUUUACACGGAGAAAGAUCAUUAAUGUUGAUAGUGAACAUCAUGAUUCUCUACUUUCUUCCUCGGUUGUUAGAGAAGAACAGGGAACAGGGCGGCUCAGGAGAAAACUGCCAGAAUAUGAGAUUUUCUGGUCAGACGAAUUGACAAAGAAGUUCCACGGUCGAGUUCUGGAAUUCUUCAACCCAAAGUGUGAAGUUCAAUUCUUCAUGACAUGGAUUUCAACAGUAGGGUCCUUUGGAAGAAGGGAAAUGUUAUCUGUGGAAAGUGUCUUCAAAGCCCAUCCUCAUGGUUGCUUAAUGAUUCUAUCAAGAAACAUGGACUCCGUAAAUGGGUACCGGAUCCUGAAACCGCUGCUUGAUCGUGGCUUCAAAGUGCUUGCUGUUACGCCAGACAUGCCAUUUCUGCUCAAGAAUACACCAGCUGAAGCUUGGUUUGAUGCUAUCAAGAGUGGGAAAAAGGACCCUGGUGAGAUUCCACUGGCUCAGAAUCUAUCUAAUUUAAUGAGACUUGCAGUUUUGUAUAAGUAUGGAGGGGUUUACCUGGACACGGAUUUCAUCGUCCUGAAAAGUUUCAAAGGUCUGAAGAAUACAAUCGGAGCACAAAGUAUCCAUGCCGUGUCCAAGAACUGGACAAGAUUGAACAAUGCAGUUCUGGUCUUUGACAUGAACCAUCCACUCCUAUUCAAGUUCAUAGAGGAAUUCGCUUCCACCUUUGACGGAAACAAAUGGGGCCACAAUGGGCCCUACAUGGUUUCCAGGGUAGUUCACAGAGUAGAAGGAAGACCUGGGUAUAACUUUACCAUCUUGCCACCAAUGGCCUUUUACCCUGUUGAUUGGAUUAAAAUAGGCAGCCUUUUUAAGAUGCCCAACACCCGGGCUGACUCAAGAUGGGUUGAAGCUAAGCUGCUACAGCUAACCAGGGAAACUUAUGGAGUACACCUUUGGAACAAGCAAAGUAGCAAAUUAAUGGUUGAACAAGGAAGUGUGAUGGGAAGAUUAAUAUCAGAGAACUGUGUCUUGUGUCAACACAUAUAUAGUUCUGAAAAGUAAGAUUUCCAUCCUGAAGAUAGCCAAUCAAAAUAGACUCUCCUCUGGCAAAACUGCAGGGUAACAAAUUGUAAGUUCCUUCUGUUUUAAGUGUCAAAAUUUUGUAUAGUCUGUUGCUUGAAAAGCCCCCCAAUUACAGGGAUGUGAUUUUUGUUUCUUUCCUAGACUUCCUUUGGUUGUCUGAUUCCAUUUUUUUAUUCUGUAAAUUAAAUAUGAAUCAGGUACAGUGAACAAGAAAAAAGAAAAGAAAGAGUUCUGAAUUUUUCCUUGAUGCAAUUGUAAUUUCAUCGGUAAAUGAUUGCUUACUUUGAUUGCAAAAGCUAUUGAGUAAUAUCAGAACAUUCUACCACAAAUUAUAAUCCUAAGUCUUCUCAAUCUCAACCUGAACCUAAAUCCUGUACAUCUCCAUAGACCAAAUCCUGGCAGCCUCCUAAAUGACUUUUUCCUGGUCAAUCUAUGGUUACCAUUUUUUGUUCUCGUAUUCCUGAAGCUAAAGUCUUUUUCCAUAAAACUACCAUCUGAAGCAAAACCACUUGGGGUACCAGUCUCAAAACUAUGAAAGGGUCCAGUCUGCUUGAUGGAUUCCCAUGGAUCCUGUACUUCACCAUCUGUAUCGCUUCCCCACAGGGGUACAGACUUUGUCAUGGGUGAGCCGCUGUAAUCUUCAAAAUGGGUUAACAAACUGAAGAAACAGAGGAACUGGAAGCAGCUGAGGAAGACAGGGAAGAUGAUGAAGAUGAAGACCAAUACAAAGAUUUCUGAUACUGAAUAAUCCGUCUGAUACUUUCCUUCUCAACUUCUGAAUUGAUGAAACAAGGGUUCUCUUCA